GCUGCCUUUGCGUUGCUGUGUAAGGGUACUGCGCACUGGAACUUGCACAAAACCGCCUGAUCCAGGUCUGGCCGUGUCGCGCACAGGUUCAACUGGUUUGGGAGUAUUGCUCGUCGCGGUUUGGACGGGUCCCAUGGUGGAUUUGGUUUCCUUGUUCGGGCUUCGGAAGGGGACGUUCCUGAUCGCUGUAUCUUCGUGGGAACUGGAAAACAUUGGAUAAAUGGAUAGCCCUGCACAAGAUCUACACAGCUAGUGUUACAACAUUUUAUUCAGCAGUUCGUGAGAAAGCCAGCGAGACCCAGACAGACGUACACUUGUCACUCUGUGCCCUCGGCUAGCUGGCCGGACAAAAAUGACGUUUUCAUUUCAAAGUGUGAUAAAAGCACACAUAAUUUAUAUCAGACCAUAGCACUCUGCAUUGUGCAGUGAGUUAUACAAUAAACCCAGCCAGGGUCGAAGUGGGAAUCUCUCGGUCGGCAAACCUUGCAAUGGGUAAACUGAAAGACUUCCAGAUUGUUUUGGAGAAGAGCAGGAAGGUGUUUUUGCAGGGUGACGCCAUAAGAGGACAGGUGAUGAUGUCGGUGGUAUCAGACGGUUUACAGAAUGUGAAAGGUGUGUGGUUGAUAUUUCACGGUUGCUGCGGUGUACUAGAUGCAGGAAGGCGGCACGGUGUACCUCGCAAGGAGGAAACGUAUUUCAACGCUUGCAUCACCUUGUUUGGAAAAGGACCAGACGCCCUUGACACCCAAGACCUCAACCUUCUUCCCGGUAUGCAUGGCUUCCCGUUCGAAUACCAACUCCCAUGUCAGCCCAUUCCAUCUUCAUUUGAGGGGGAGUUUGGAUAUGUUCGGUAUAGUGCUACGGCCACUGUGUGUUUAAAGCGGGCGUUGGGAAACAAGAAAUUCAGCACGGUAGAGAUGUUCAGUAUCGUUGGUCCAACAGUGGAUCUGAAUUCCGUUUCGGGCUUGCAGGAAGGUACAUAUUCAACUUAUGAAGAAAGUGGAUUUCUGGGCUUGUCUGGUGUCAAGACGACGGUUAAAUACGGGAUUCCUAGACAAGGCUUUGUACCCGGUGAAAACAUCAACAUCACCGGUCACGUGAAUAACGCCAAUGGCCCUAAACACUCAAGAGUUUUUCGGGCUCAGCUAGUCCAGAAAAUUGUUUUCAACUUUGGUUUUAUGACGGUAUCCCGAAAGCAGUGUUUAGCAGAAGCAUCAAUUAAGGUAAAGCUCAAGAAGGGAGGAGAGGCAUAUUUUACAGUUGGACCUUUGAGCAUACCUCCGGUGCCGUCUUCUGGACUUCCUGGUUGUAAUCUGAUUGAUGUUAAGCACUACGUUAAGGUGGACGAUUGUGAGGGAAGCCGCGCUGGUAAAUUCGCUGUGACAAUCGGUACUGUGCCUUUCCAUGAAGUCCAGCAUUGUAGGCAGUCGCUUGCCGGUAUCCAUAUGAAGGAUACAGCGGCUGCAGUAGCUGCAGGUGGAAAUUGCGAAACCCGACUGCCUACGUACGAGGAAGCAAUUGGCAUUGUAAGACCCGCCAGCGUCAGAGAAGAUUCCGUGUCUGGACCAGCUGACACGUUUGUUCCUUGUUACCCGUACUUCUGCAUACCAGCUACUGAUCCGCCUCCCUCAUAUGUCAAAGAGUAGAUGCCUAUCCAGCCAAUAUUCCCGCAAAGAGGUCAGGAUGGGAAUCCAAACAAUAAUGUGAUCUUCUUUUUAUGAUGAUGACAUCGUAAAUCUACCCUCGGCAAAGUUAUUUGGACCGAUUUAACAGCGCGCAAGAGAGUGCAUUGCCAGGAGGUGGAUUUCUUUCUCGCGUACGCGCAAGGAUCAUCGAAGUAUCUCGGAAUGCGGCUUUGAACGAUUAGACAUGCGUGAUAGAGUAGAUCAUGUGAAUGAAAGUUUUCUUCUUAGCACCCAUAACUUUUUAUUAUUGUGGCGUGACAGUGUGUGUGGCUACAGUUAUGCCAAAUUCUCAUUAAAACACUCCACAGCGUAUAGGCCAAUAUCUUUAUGCAUUAUGCUGCUUGAACAUGUAGAGCUAAAAAUGUACAACCAUUGACAGCCUUUUUGUUUUAAUUAUUUUUUUGUGCAAAUGAUGAUUUUUUUUCUGCGGUUAGAUUUUGACUUUCAUUUAAGCAUAAUACCCCUUUCUCGACGUUCAAACCGUACAAAAUGGUAAAUGUUGCGACUUUUGAAUCAUGCCUGACUGUGAGCGCGUCCGGAGUCCUGGCGAACGUUUUGUUAUUCAACUAUGCGUCUUGCGCGGUCCAAAUCACGGUUGACCACACACCCUGCGCCAGUACAACACCGACACGGCAGCCUGAUGGAUCGAAGUCUUGUCAGUCACGUGUAUCAAACAAGACGUUAUAUAUUACCGGAACUAUAGAAUUUCAUAGUCGCGUUACGGUUACCGUACAAAUAGCCACUGCGUUUAUAAAUAUAUUCAAUGUGGUAAUUUUGUUUGUUUGUUUGUUUGUUUGUUUGUUUGUUUGUUUUUUCAAGUUGAAUCAUUCCUGACGACGGAUAUUAAUACAGUACCUAUGGAUACACUUUUUGUUAUAAAUGAUACAUUUGACAUUACCUACAAUUCAACGAUAUCACUGUGACGGAGAAAAGUUAUAUGUCUGUUGAAAAAUGUACGGUAAGAGAUGCCCGCAUGCCUACUUCGAAAAAUGCACGAAGUGUAAUGGCGUACAGACUUAUGUCUAUACAAGUGGGGAAAGAUAAUAAAAUUGGCUGAACACGCUGUCUGUCUUUAAACUCAGUAGAAAAA